UGAGGUUAUUCAACACAUAAACAACAAUUUGAAUACUCCGUAACUGUCAAGGGAAAAGUAAAUAGGUUGCCAAGAAUUUGAUACGGAUAAGAUAAACUGUGUGAAUACAAGAUUGGUGUAAGGAUCAACUCACAGUGGAGGUGUGGAACUCCCAAAAUGUGAACCGUUGUGAAAAGUAGUAGGACACAAUAUCGUAAAUGGUAGGAAAGGUAUAAAAAAUGGAAUAUGACUCUGCCUCAAGUUGCGAUGAACGUGUGCGUCAUUUGGAGACCCGCAGAGAACUCUCGAAGGACAAAACCUCAUUUGAUGAUAAAACUAUAAAUGAUUCCGAGCUCGCAGCUCUUUGGCACCCUGCAGAAGUUAUCCCUGCUCAACCAAAGGUAGCGUUUAAUAUAAACAAAUCUUUGUCAAAGCAGGUAAUGGAGUACUAUAAGAAAUAUUCGCAGAAUUCAAACUUGGAGCAGUACUUUUCACUACCAGAAACAAGUGGAGAGACUCACGGAGUUGAAUAUUAUUACAGCAUCUACGAAUUGAAUUCUAGAUCGACCGGUACCAGGCAAGACUGUGUUGGUCAAGAUUAUAAUUUGGGAAAUUACGUCCCUCGUGAGAGGAGAAGGUGGGCCAGACCCCCAUUAAUUGGUCAAUCUUCAUCAGGCGCUGAUAACUCUGCUAUCUACGGACAGCCGUUAAUGGAACCCCGUUCUUCAUCUCCAGAAUCAAAGCACAUUACCUCUGAGAUUAUCCUAGAAGAAAAAAACGAGUGUACACAAUCUACUGCCGAAACUCCGGAUAGAAAGUCAGCUGCUUCCCCAACAUCUAGCAUAACUUCUCACAAACCUCUGGAAUGGGACAGUGGUGCAGAUGUAGGAUACUUCAAUACGCUGCCUCAAAACAAACAGGAUUCUAAAAAGUUGAGCACCAUCGAACGCAUGGCUUUGGCUGGAGGAUGUUCUGCAGCUUUGAGGCAGGAUCCAGAGGGAACAACAGAGUCUAACAUAUCAAAUCAAAUACUGCUAGCACAGACUGGGGUUAGAACUAAAAGAAAACCUGAUGCAAACUCGACACCUUUGCCUGGGAACAUAUCAGAAACUGAAAGUGAAGUUGAAAUAACACCGAUAGUGAAGAAUCACAUAGCUGGAAUAAUUAGCGGAGUUCAUAUCAGUUUAGAGAAGAAAGAACCUAAUCCGGAAGUUAAUAGUUAUGGAAUUGAUGUUGCUCCGAAUGCCGAAACAUCAAAGUCUUCACCAACAACCAAAGUGCCAUCUGUAAAAUAUGCAACUGAAGGUAAAAAGCGAGGCCAAAAGCAGGAAGUUCGAAACAAAAAUUUUGACCCUUGUUCUUCCCUUUUAAAAAAAAGUUCUUCGAUGAAUUUACUGGCCCCUGAGACUUCUAAGCUCUUGCUAAAACGAAGCCAGAGCGACUUGAAUUUGCAGAUCAGAGAUAAGAGUAAGGCAUUUUUACCACUCAUCUUUAAUUCCACAUCUUCCUUGGCUACCGUCGUUAAUAAGCCAGUGACUUGCGAUAAAGUUAUUCAGACUACGAUUAGUGAACAUUUUCACGAAUCGGUUGGCAUUCAAGUAUCUGUUUUUGAAGAGGAAAAACCACCUGUACCUAAGAGAGGCACCAGUUUGGCUCAGAAGCCAGUUUGUUCAAUUCUGAAAGGCUCUAAAAACACGCACAAACUUGACAACGCCAGAAAACCGAAUGAGUGCAAAAAAACUGCAGAGAGUAGUCGGAAUAUCGAGCAGGAAGAUGAAACCGGUACUCGAUAUAGCAGUACAGAUAUUUCCUGCAACGAUUCUCAACCUCUAGCAUCUUAUCCGGAUGAUACUAAAGAUGUAACUGGCCGAGUUAAUAGUUUUGAAUAUUUUCCAGGUCAUGUCUACGAGAAUGUUCCAAAUGAAAGCGAAUGUCAUGUUUCCUCCAGCGAUACAAGACGUUCAAAUUCCACAAUGCCAAACACUAGCUCCAGCAUCGACGAAAAACUUUGGGGAGACUCUGACAGUUUGGUACGAGACUUGGAAAGAAGUGUCAAUAUUUUGAAAAGUCUUGUGGAUGCAAACAAGUGUGAUAAGCAAGUUAAAAAAAGGUUGAUACAUCACGUCGUAAAGAGGCUGGUCACCGCGAAAUACACCGAUGAUAAAAUAGAGCAUAAUUUAGAAGAAAAUGUUCCUUGGAAUCCGGAUGAUGCUAGAAAAAAAGUUUAUAGAGCAGACAUCAUCCAGGCUCUCACAAAAAAACAAAACACAACAGAUUCUUCAGAGGAGUGGAAGCCCUUAAAAAAGAAGAAGAGUUCUUCAUCCAAAAAACAGCUUAACGGAGAGGCCAGGAUUGUUAAUGGAAUAAUUAACCAAGGCAGUAGUAACACGGAUAAAUUUGAUGCACAAAUCGGUCGAACAGAGAUGGAUGGUAGAAAGGCCAGAAUGGGGUUGAGAACCGACGAUUGUCAACGAAGCAUUAAUUCGCCCACCAAUCUAAAUAAAAGUGAAAGUUCUGAGUGUUUUUUACCGCAACGUAGAGACAGUUCCAAAACUAGAGACAAUAUAUUUUGCCUUCAACAAAAUGCUGACAUUCCACUCGGGGACACUUCUACUUCUGGUACCCCGUUGGAUCAAAAUAGAGUUUAUUUAGAUAACCCAGUUAACAAUGGACAAAGUACCGUGGAGUCUGGCAAUGGUUCUAGACACAGCACAGACUGGAGAUUGCCGGCCACUUUAUCGGAAAGGCAAUUUGAAUUGAGGAGACAUCACACUUCGGAUUCUGGAGACUCAAAAUUAGUCAGCUAUGCCGAAACUGAGAAGAAAAAUCAACUUCUUUGGAUCACCAAUGAAAUUAGCCAUUUAUCUUAUUUGAAAAAGCUAUUAGAGCAACCCAAAAAGUUGGAUCGUCCACGGAUGUCGCCCAAAAAAGUUAAGCACGCAAUUGUCAAACAAAAACAUCAAGCUUUGCUGAAAUGCGUCUGCGGCAGUAACGAUGCUGAUAAUUCACCUGGAAGCACCUUCGAUGCUUGUAACGAUUCGGUCAACCCCCAAUGGUCGUCGCAUUGCAACCUAGCAACCUGCCAAUCGACUGUUGAUUCUGGUGCAACAAAAAUGAAUAAUUUGAAAAAGCGGAACAGCUGCACACAAACUGGAACUGACGUCAUAAGAGCACACUCCCAAACAGGCGGUGAAAUAAUAUCAACACUGUUAAGUCAACGGAUUCCAGAAACCAAAUCUGCAAAUAUUCACGUUCAGACUUCACCAUCUCGAUUGGUUUCCCCGUCUCUGGUGAUGCCACAUCAAAUAUCACCUAUAGAUAGUCCGCUACCACAGGUCGUUUGUCCAGUUCAUCAGAAUCUACCGGCAAUAUCGCAAUGCAAAUGCUUGGGGCAGGUUUGCCGAUGUCAAAUUUCAAAUCCCAUAGAAAUUGUACAGAACUCUCCAAAAGCGGUGUGCCUUUGCCAUUUGUCAAAUCAAAAAUCAUCGCAUCAAAGUUCUUCAAAUGUAUGUCGCCACACUUCGAUGUCCCCACAUUCUGAUCGUCAAAAACCACGCAAUUCUCACACGGAGCAGCCUUACAUACGAACUCAAAACAUCUUUGACGCUGCACAGCCUGUUACGCAUGUGUCUGAUAAUGAAAACCUUAGAACAGAGUUGAAGGAAGCGAAGAACAAAGUCAAUGCAACGAGAUCCAUGUGCACUUGUAACUGUAACGAUCUCAGAGUUUGCCAGUGUACCGGAAGUUGUUCCUGCGCAGAAUCCAUUCGGCAUAGCCAGAGCAUUGCCAGAAGCGACAAUGUUGUUCCUGAAAUUUGCAAGUCUUGUUUCAAAAAUAUUCUACAAAAUGAGGCUGGUCAGUCAAAGUGCAUCUGCGGUAAGUGCAGGGAAGGAAAACCUUGCGUUUGCCCAAAUAAUCCUACCUACGAUAACCCAAAAAUGCAGGAUGAGAAGUCAUGUUGUUGUCCAGCUUAUUGUCAUUGCGAAAAUAAGAAGAUGGAUAUUCCGGUGAGUUCCAUUACUCCUAACUGCAACAUUUGCCACCCAAAAUUUGGUAAAAAAGCAUGUAAAUAUCCCAACAACUAUCAAUGCAAUGAUCAAAUAUUCGAUCAUAUCAGAGGUGAAAAUUCAACUUGCAAUCGCUACGCAGAUCAUAAACGUAAAUGCAGGGACAGCAGGGAUACAAACAAUGGUAAUUGUGUGUGCCGUUUUGAAAGCGACGGUCGAAAAUUACAGACCCAGUCUAAGCAUUGCUAUUUAUCGAGCUUGCACGAAGUUCAGCAGCUCCCUCAAUCCCUGAAACUGCAAGGCGAAAAGUUGUGCAAAUGUGGAAAGGAAUGCUGUUGCGAAAACAAGCUGAAAGACGUAGAACAAAAAUCAUACAGUUCGAAACGUAGUGCCAAAACGAAUUGUUCAUGCGAAUCUAAUAACGGGGAAGCCGAUAGAAAUAGUCAACACUGUCGUAGUUGUGGCAGCAUGUACAAAAACGGAAGGAAAUGCAACUGUCACAUUAAUUAUCCCAAACCCAUUGCGUAUGAGUUAUCAUUCACAGAAGCUAAAGCCCAGAAAAACGGUAAGGUUGGGAUGAAAAAGUUACAGGACCCCACCGCAUCAAACUCACCUUCGAAUACUGCAAAAUCCGAUGGAUGUGCUUGUGACGAGGCAAGGUCUUGUAGUUCGAGUAGAAACAGCGAACCAACAAAGACACUUCAGGACUACUUGGCUCAGAAUAAACCUGAUUUUGUUAAUAAUGUUGAAACUCGUCAGCAGUGUAUGUUUGAAAUUACUCACUUACGAGAAUUGAGGAGAGAAAAACGAAUUCAAUUACUCGCAUUGGCCAGUGGUACAAAUUUGACUAAAACGCCAAGGGUCGCAAAGCCAAAAGUAUUACCUGCGCAGAAAAAAAUAAGCGACGAAGAAAUGAAGGAAAGACUCCGCAAACGAUAUUAUAAGCUGCAUGAGGUGCGAAAUAAACGACAACAACGGGAGAAACAGGAACAAACAAGAAGAAAUAAAUUAAUGGCGAAUAUAUUUUGUAAAAAAUUACAGCAAAAGGUUCUGAAAGGUCAAGUUGAUCUUUCUAAUAGCGUCAGCGUUAUAUCAAAUUUGUAAUGACGUCGUUACGAGUUUAUUCUUGUUGGAUUUAUGUUGCACUGCACUGUGCAAAAAGUAAUAAAAAGGGACGAGUACGUCCAGAAAUUAUUCUUUGAACAGAUUGCCUUGUUGCGUCCGUUGAUAGAAAAAUUACAGUGUUUGAACAAAGGUCAAUCUAUGAAAUAAAAGAAAAACAUCACCAGUACAUUAGCUUGGAAUAAUAAAACACGAGCAUGGUUCAAGAGCUCGAAAAGUGAAAUUGACAAAAGUCUCUUCGUAAAUGAUAUAAUAAUUUAUUUUAUGUUAUAAUUAUAGAUUUAUAAAAUAGUACAUACAGCGAUACUUAGGACGUAGAUUUUAGUUAAUCAGAAAAGCCAUAACCAUGAUUCUCAGUAGUUUGAAACUCCCGCUCUAUAUACAGUACUUUCCAAUACUUACAAAAGCUAGAAAUGACAAGUUUUCCAACUGUUUCUGAAAACUGAUUAGCUGAAAAGAAUCUAUUUUCAUUUCACACAUAUAGUCCUUACUUUAAUACAAGUCUCUAAUUACCUCAGACAUAUUAUUUAUUGUGUGUAUUAUUGUGUGGUGUGUUCUCAAGUUAUCGGUCAAGCGGUUCUUUCAUUGGAAUAUGAAAGAUUUAAUGAGAACCACCGGAAAUCCAAAUUGAUGUCGAUGCCCGUACGGUAUUUGAAACCUUAAUCGCAAUUGUGCAAGUCAAAAGUUUGUACGAAAUUACAAAAAUGUAAUUAUUAGUACCUGAUGCACAGUAGUUGGUGAUUAUUACUCUCGAUACAUCAUAGUUUUUAAUUUUUAGUGUAUUUUCAAUAUGUUUGAAAUACAUUUUGAUAAUGGAAAACAUUCGUAAUUAUCAUUGAUCUAUUGAAUAUUCGAAGUUCACGUUGCAUGUUUGUAGAGCGAAUCAAAUAAAAAAUAUAUUUCCUUA